CUAACCAUUAGGCCACGACUUCCCCAAAAAAUCAGAUAUACAGUAUAGAAAAUCAGAAAAUAUUAGAAUAAUGUAAGUCUGUUUACAAAAAGUUAAUUCAGUUUAUGUGUCUUCUUCAUCAAAAAAAACCUGCCAAUACAAGAUCAUGGUUUUGUUUCAUUUGAAUGUAUCAGCUAAAUUAAUACAUUUAAAUUAUGUGAGUUUUUUUUUUAUUAUUAUUCAGCAUUGAUUAGAAACAGAUAUCAAAACUGAUAUUUCUGAGCUGUCACAUAGAGACCAUGUGAGAUUCUGCGAAAUGCACAUUCAAAGAGAGAAAAAGAGAAAGACUCAGAGGGGUGGAGGAAGACAUCAGGGUGGAGUUUGUCUUCAGAUGAUGUCUGAAUGAAAACGCAAGUUUCUACACAUUCAAGAGAAACAGAGACGGAGAGCUUGACUGCAACGUCCUCCUACAGACGGCUGGACAGAAGCUCACAUAACAUAAGCCACAGUGUAAUCUCCACUCAGUUUGAUUAUGCCAUCAAAAACACACAAAACCACAGCAAACAAGAGCAUCACUGAACAAACUGAGGAGCAGAAAGUGGAUGUGAGACACAACCAUCAUGUUAAAGAUCAGUGUGACCCAGACUUUCAUGGGUGGAAGGAAACCAUAGCCCAGAAAUCAUUACCCAGAAACCUCAGUUUUGCAUAUCACAAUCAGAAGGUGCUGGGUGUUUUUGCCACAGGGGUCAUUCCUGCAGGGACCCACUUCGGCCCGCUGCUCGGAGAACAUCUUCACCCUGAACAUUUGCCUGCAAACAUCCGCAAAAAACACAUCUGGAUGAUCUUCUCAGAUGGGCGAUUGCAUCACUUCCUGUCUUGUGAGGAUGAGAGAGGCAGCAACUGGAUGCGCUUUGUAAACUAUGCCCCGUCUCCUUGGCAACAGAAUCUUGCCGCAUUCCAAAUUGGAAUGCAGAUUUACUUCUAUGCCAUGAAGGUUCUAAUGCCGGGGGAGGAGCUGCUGGUGGGGCGGAGCCUAAAACACGAACAGCCAAUGAGCACCGGCCUCAGAACUGCCUGUCUAAAACAGCCACUUCCCACACACUCUCAUUCUCAGCAUAAAGAUCAAGUGAGGAGGAGAAAGCGAGGUCACACGGUCACUGAAAUCCUGGAUCUGGAUCGCUCGACUGAUCAUCACACAGAAACUCUUCCAAGCAAACCGUUUAACUCCAUCACACAAACGAAAUAUGGGGAAAAAGUGACCAGAGACCUGCAGAAUCCAAAAUUACCUCCAUUUUUAGUGACUAAUGCCAUCUCUGAGGUCUCUUUAAACUUGAAAAUGGCAUCUAGUGUAGGGAAGCAUGUACAUGCCUCUGCUAUCCCACAGUCCUCUAUGCCAGUGUAUAUAUGGCCUGUUAUUCAAUACAUGCCAUCACAUCAGCCAGUGAGAUUUGGCCGAACAACACCACACAUGUCCCAUAAUGUUCCACCAAUCCACAUGUAUCCAUCUCUCUUGCAUCCAACAUCCAAUGAGAAUCAUCUGUCAUUAGCGCUGACCAAUAGAGGCGACCCCAUAAUUAAAGUGUCAGACUCUGUAAAGAGAGAAACGAAUCGUGAAGGCUCCACAAACCAACCGCCAGCCCUCACUAAAACAACGGAUCCGUCUCCAGCUGAAGUGUCCAGUGCAGAUGACAUCACAGCCCAGAGAGACUCACCUGAGAUGGGCGUGGCUUCCUCAUGUGUCUCCGCCUCCACCCGCCACGGCACAGAGUCUCAGGCUGGCCAAAAGCAACAGACUGUAGGUUACAAGUCUUUACCGUAUCCAUUGCAGAGACAGAAUGGAAAGAUCCAGUAUAAGUGUAACGUGUGCGGAAAGAACUUCAGUCAACUGUCUAAUCUGAAGGUGCACCUGAGGGUUCACAGCGGUGAGAAACCAUACAAGUGCAACAUCUGCAGGAGGAACUUUUCCCAGCUGGCUCACCUUCAAAAGCACAUCCAGGUUCAUACGGGAGAGAAACCACAUGAGUGCCAGGUGUGUAACAGGCGCUUCAGCAGCUGCAGUAACCUGAAGACUCACCUGCGGCUGCACUCGGGCGACCAGAGGUUUGAACUGAGUGAAGUUGCAGCAAAGCUUGAGGCUUUCAUGGAGCUGGAGUCUAUCAAGAAGAUGUGUCAGGUGAUCUGGGCGCUUGCAGCUCCACCUGUUGUCCAGCAGGGAGCAGCACAGGCCCAAACAGUAGUGACACCUGAUUCAUCCAGCUCUCUUUCUCCAGAGGUUUCCAUUAUACAGAAAGAAGAUGAUCAGUAAAUUGUCUGAUAUGUUAUUAUUUAAUUAAAUUAGCACUUUUAUUCAGCAAGGAUGCAUUCAAUUGAUCUAAAACUAACAGUAAAGACAUUUAUAAUGUAACACACACACAAACACACACACACACACACACAC